CUGUGCUCACAUUGACCUUGGCCACAUGCCAUUACCCCUGCUGACGGCGGGGCUUCCUCAGCUUCCUAUUUUUCAAGAGCCUCAAGGACAAUCUACCACUCAACAUCGUACUUGAUAUAUAUCGGGUCUCGGUUGCCUGGAGGCUGUGAAAUUUGCUGCCAGGACAUCGCGUGGGCUGUUCUCCUCGCAAAUUUGGUGCGUUCCUUUAACUGUGGACCAUGACUGAGACCAGCGAGUCGACCACCGAUACUCGCCUGAUCGGCUGGUACGUAACGGAUGAUGCCACUACGAAGAUAAAUGCUGGUCGUGGAUGGAGCACCUCUGGAACGGUCGCCGGUGACUGUGUCCCGCCCAGUACCUGUGUUCUUCCCACGGCUUGUACAUCGAACACACUGUUCUUCGAUAACGGGAGCUCAGCAACAUGGACAUAUCGUUUCAUGGUCCUUCUGCAACAAACUGGGAUUGUAGGAAUCGGCAAUGGCGGUCAUAUUCUAAUCUGUUCAAGACGCCACCGGAAGCUCGCGCGGGUGAGACAGUCUAUAGCACGGUCAGUCUCACGCCGACAGAAGGCCCCCCGGAAAUUUUAUCACCUACCUCUGUUCCCAGCCCCUCAAACAGCCUUCCAGCCACCGACAACGGCGAGAAAAGUCAGGCCUGGAUCGCUGGCGCUGUGAUCGGACCUCUUGUCGGCGUCGGGUUGUGUGCGUCAGUAUACUUCUUAUGGAGGCGGCGUCGUAAACACCACGAUCACAGCCGAUCUACGAGUCCAAAGCGUGAGGCACCAGCUGAGGUUGCUGAUUCGCGUCAAGAAGUACCCCGUUCCGAGUUGAUAGGACAUCAUUUGGAGCCAGCAAUGUUACAUUCCGACAAUGUGGCGGUGAGAUCAUCUGAACUUCCAGCCUGAAUUUGGUGUGACAAGAGACACAGUAAUCGUCAGAAGUGACGUGGACAUAGACUUUGAAAUAUAGGGUUGGCCCGCACUUGCAUUCUUUGAAAAAUAGAAAUAGCGGCAGAAGAAGUCAAUUUCCUUGAUCCGAAGGACUGAACUCAUCAUGGUUCUCGGCUGUUGAAAGAAAGGAGCUUGGCGGCCGGGAGUCGAGGGUUCUCCGGAACCUGCAAAAGAAACCCUUUUCCCUCAGGAACUUCCCACGGUCGGUCAUCGUAUUAUGAUAAUGCUAAAAUUGCA